AUGUCUGUCGCUGCUACUCUACGGGAGAGGCCCUCAGGGGCAGCAGCAGCAAUGGGUUCGUCCAAGGUGCUGAGCAAGCAGGCUCUUCGGAGGAAGUACAGGGAGAUACGGGGAGCAAUCGAUCAGACGAUCGAUUUGAUACCGGCCCAUCAGUAUCUCCAGACGGUCACCUUUGGGGACACGCCCUUGACAAUACAGGAGGCGGGUGGGCAUGGACGGCAGUUGGACCCUCGGAAUGUGAAGGGCACGACUAGGGUGUUGGAGGAAGUACUUAGUAAACGGAAAGUUGAGCAAGAGAGGGCUUCUGGUGUGAAGAAAAAUAUCAAAAAGAAGAAGGCUAGUAAUAGGAGGGGGUCGCGUUAUCGUCGUGGACUAGCCUGGGAGUUUAAUCAGAAGCUUCGCUUCGGUCCGUUGUCUGGUUUUACGAUGAAUAUUUAG